AUGAACUCCGCCAAGGCGUUCAUGAGCCGGGACUACCUGGAGCUCGUCUGGACCAAGCUCGUCUUCCAGCAGCGCGACUGCGACAUGGUAUUGUUUCGCAACCCGUUCCGACACUUCCCCGUGUACGCCGACAUGAGCUGCUCGUCCGACGACUUCAAGCCGUCUCGCGCGCCGCUGGACAACCCGCUCAACACCGGCCUCUACUACAUGAAGUCGACGAACCGGACCAUCGAGAUGAUGAAGUACUGGCGGGCGGCUAGGGAGAGGUUCCCGGGGCAGCACGACCAGGCGGUGUUCGUCAACAUCAGGCACGAGCUUGUCGGCAAGCUGCAUGUCAAGAUCGAGCCGCUGGACACGGUGUACUACGGCGGGUUCUGCGAGUACCACGACGAUCCGGAGAAGGUCUACACCAUCCACGCCGACUGCUGCGUUGGGGUGGACUCACAAGGUGCACGAUCUCAAGGACUUUGCCACGGACUGGAAGAACUACACGAGCCUGGCACCAGAGGCGAGGCAGAAGGGUGCUUUCAAGUGGACAUACCCGACUAG